AUGUCUCGCCGUGGUGGUGGUCGGCGAUCAGAAACUCGUCGCGACCAGGAAUCCUCUACUCCGUCACCGUCAUUUCAGCGCGGUCGCGGUCGUGGUGGAGAUCGUGGUAGAGGCCGUGGUGGAAGAGGCGGCUUCACUCCUGCUCCGUCUCCAACACCAGUUCAUGCUCCUCCCCCGGCGGCAUCCGGCUACCGUUCUGCAAUCGCAGGUCCUUCGACAGUAUCAACUCCUCAAGCUGCACAUUCGUCUGCGACUGCUCCACCGCCUCCGGCUUAUGCAACGGCGGCGGCGACGGCGACGGCGACGGCUUCGAGUUCGUCUUCGGCGAUUGUGCCCCCGCCACGGCCGGGGUAUGGAAAGCUAGGGAAGAAAUGUGUGAUUAGAGCGAAUCAUUUUGCAGUUGAGGUUUCUGAUAGAGAUCUCUUUCACUACGAUGUGGCAAUAACUCCUGAAAUUACAUCAAAGAAAGUCAAUAGAGACGUAAUAUCUCAACUUGUUCGUUCUUUUCGGGAGUCCUACCUUGGCAAUCGGAUGCCGGCUUAUGAUGGCAGGAAAAGUCUAUUCACUGCUGGGGCAUUGCCUUUUGAAGCAAAGGAAUUUGUUGUAAAGUUGGUUGAGAAGGAUGAUCCUGCUAGUUCAUCCAGUUCUGUCAAGUAA